GUGCGAUUGCACAAAAGCGCGCGGCUUGCUUGCUUUCCCUGGCAGAAAUGGGGCGCCGUCUUUUGUUUCUCCUUCUCGCGAUGCCUUUUACUGUCGCGUUUGGCUUCGACAAAGAAGCAGACAUUACGGACAUCGCGACGUUUCUGAGAGGUUUUUUCGGCGAGCAAAAUGUUACUGUCAAGUUGGCUGUUUACGUCUGCUGGGAAAAAGGUGCACGUGUGGAAUUUUUGAAAAACGUUUCCACCGACUUUUCGGCUAAAAUUUACCAAAUUGACCAGCCUGUAUACGUUCCAAAACAAGAGGACGAGUCUUCGUUGGUAUACUUUCUUGAUGCGAGAUGUGUCGAUUACCAUGAAGUACUUCACCAGGCGGAUGCAAAAAACUUAUUUAGGAGUCCCUUCAAAUGGAUCAUUUGGGCUUUGGAAAGUGACACUGCCUCUCUCGAAAGGUUUUAUUUAAGGCUAGACAGUCAAAUAUAUAUCGUGCACCAGUUUUUCGAAAAAUAUAUGAUCAAAACUGUCUAUAAACUUGCACAAAAUAGUGAAAUCAUAGCAGUAGAUGUUGGAGAAUGGAAUCUAACGUCUAAAAAAUUUAUAAAACUUGAAGCUAUUUCGAUUUACAGAGACAGGUCGAAUCUGAAGGGUUUGGAAUUGAAUAUGACCUACGUAGCUACCGCUAAUGAGACUUUGAAACAUUUGGAUGAUUACAGAUUUAUUCAUAUCGAUCCUCUCACUAAAGCGAACUGGAUCACAGUUGGUCAUUUAUUGCGUAUGCUUAAUAUCAGGCCGCUUAUUAAAUGGAAAAGUACGUGGGGGUAUCUAAAUCCAAGCACGAAUAUGUUCUCUGGAAUGUUAGGAGAUCUGCAAACCGGAACUUCAGAGAUAGCAGGCACCCAGUGCUUCUACACAGAAGACCGCAUUGACUACGUAGAUUUCGUACCUGCUUCAACCCCUACCUAUUUCAAAUUCAUCUUCAGAGCGCCCCCUCUCUCUUACGUAACGAACAUCUUCACAUUGCCCUUUGACGCGUACGUUUGGUACUGCACCGCAGCCCUGAUCGUUAUGAUAUUCUUUGUGAUGUACGUGAUAGCGAUCUGGGAAUGGAGAGAUCCUAUUUUCAGGAGAAAAGUGGAAAGAAUGAGCGUGGCCAAUACGUCCGCAUUGAGACCAAAUGUUUCGGACGUUGCGGUUCUGGAGAUUGGAGCUGUGACUCAGCAAGGGACUGAUACAGAGCCGAAGAGCAUUUCAGGAAGAAUAGCUACUCUAAUAACCUUGCUUGCAUUAAUGUUUUUGUAUACCUCAUAUUCAGCAAACAUCGUCGCAUUGCUGCAAUCGACCACUGAAAGCAUCAAAACUCUAGAGGACAUUUUGAAUUCCAGAAUUACAUUGGGAGUCCAUGAUGUGGUAUAUGGACACUACUAUUUCGAGCAUGCCACAGAGCCGACAAGAAAAGCAAUCUACGAGCAAAAAGUGGCUCCAAAAGGUCAAAAACCCCACUUCAUGACCGUAGAAGAAGGCAUUGCAAGGGUUCGUAAAGAAUUUUUUGGAUUCAGCGGUGAAGUGUCUUCAUCGUACAAAAUCGUUGCCGACACUUUUGAAGAACAUGAAAAAUGUUCUUUGAAAGAAGUCAUCUUCAUAACGCCCGUCGAUACCCAUAUGCCUAUCAGGAAGAAUUCUGCUUAUAAGGAACUUAUCAAAGUCGGAUCUUUGCAAAUAUUGCAAUCUGGAACUCAAAGGAGGGAAGAAAACAGAAUUUAUACCAAAAAACCGAUUUGUCAUUCAAAUGGAAGUAAUUUUGGAAGUGUAGGUCUAAUCGAUUGUUAUGCAGCAUUUUUGAUAUUUGCAAUAGGAGUGGGAGUUAGUCUUGCAGUGUUUUUGUUGGAGCAAGGCUUGAAGCGAUAUCAAAACCGAAUGAAAUAUUCGUAUGUCACCGAUUUUGUUAAAAUAAAUAAGAAGUAAAUUUGGACAAUAGACUAAGUUGUAAACUGGACGUAAUUGAAUAUUGGAUAAGUUGAAUAAAGUAGAUGCUAUCGA